AUGAGCAAUGCUACUGAACAACACCUUUCUGCUUCAACACCAUCACCAUCCCAAACAUCAACUGUCGCGACAACAACAUCAUCAUCUAUAACAGGUGCACCUCACCAUCUCUUCAUCCCUACUGCAGUCGAUGAGUUACAGAUCAAGCGAUGGAUACAGCAUAAAUGCCCAACAUUGUCCAAUGACUUCCUAGAGAUUGACUUGCUCGAGUCGUUACAGACCGGCACAGUGCUGUGUAACCUCAUCAAUAGUAUACGACUCGGUACUAUUCAGAGAAUACAUCUUAGUCCAUCACAUCUACAAAAGAUUGAGAACGUUCGCAACUACCUCAGAGCAUGCUGGUACCUUGGCGUGCACUCCAAGUACAUCUUUCUGAGUUCACAGUUCCUCUGUGAGCCUGAGCAAUGUCGUAGACAGUUGGUGAUCAAUCUCUUUGAGUUGUCCAAGAUAUCUGCGAUCAAGGUCAAGUCGAAUGGGUCAUUUCUUUCAUCACCGCCACAACCAUCUCAUGGUCAUAGUAAUGCGAUACAGUUGCAGUUGUCGCCGCCGACGGCAUUGUCCGCACCUGCCUCAACAACAACAUCGGCACAGUCAACUCCUGUGAUGUUACAUGCUUCACUGGCCAACAACGCAUCAUCACUACCUGGCAAGUCACGAACGGGCAGUACACUUGGCAUCAGCAGCGGCGGCAGCAACAAUAAGAAGAAGGGUGAGGAUAGUAAGAAGAAGACAUCAAAGAAGACAACAACAAAGAAGACUAAGAACGAUGAUCUCGACAACUCAUCAUCGGACUCGUCUGCCUCAUCGGACUCAUCAUCAGACUCAUCAUCUGACUCGUCAGACUCUGACUCGGAGGAUGGUAGCACAAGCAGUGGCAGUGACUCAAUCAACAACAAGAGUCAACCAAUGAUGUUUGGAAACAGCAUUUCGUACAAGUCAUUUGUCAAGGAGCUGCUGCACUUGAAGGACAGGAUAUCAAGACAGGACAAGACUAUACAGGUGCAGAAGGAGAAGAUUGAAUCACUUCAGAAGGAGCUGGAGAUUGAACGACAGAAGAGCAAGAGGCUGAGCGACAUACCUCUUGACAUAUCCAAGUACAUUGAGAUCCCAACCGACCCCAAUGGAGCAAUACCUGUGUCGACACAGGCAUUCACUCGUCAGAUACAACAGAUACAACAGCUGCAGGCGGGCAACACCAACCUGAGCUCACAGAUCACAAUAAUGAACGAGCAGCUGUCGGACAACAUCAAGAAGAACUCACGUCUGGAGAACGAGCUGCUGAACGCAGAGACCGAGCUACUUACACUGCGCAUGAAGUACGCCAAUCAGAUUUCCGACCCGCCCAAGUCCAACUCGAGUCUGUCCAUCUCCAAGAACCCAAUGUCUCGCACAAACUCCAACCUGCCAUCUCUCCGCAAGUCGGCAUCGCACACCAACGUCACUCAGGCGCACAGUCAGUUCCACUUCACCAGCCCGACCACCACUCCCAUGCUGCUCAACUUCAAGCUCAGCUCGUCCACGCCACAUUCCAAUGCGACCUCUCCAUCAUUCUUUGGAUCAUCAUCUUCGUCAUCAUCAACUGGCUAUGGUAGCAACAACAACAACAACUACAAUCACAACCAACACCAUAACAGUAGCCAACAAGCCAAUCCACCUGGCAAUGUUGAGCCCGACUUGGAUCGCGACCUCCUCGACUUUGGCAGAAAGAUCGUCUCUGCCCUCAUCUCCUCGAGCAAUCACGUCGAGAUGACCGACAUCUACAAGAUGAGCAGUCUCUUCUUGAACAACUACUCUCGUCGAAGCAUUUGCAUUGCUCUCGACGAAGAGACCAAGGCCAACCAAAUGAACCUUCCAAUGAAUGACAACUCAUUCGAAGUGGCAUUAUAUCUGUUCAACACGAUACUACAGAACCUGUAUGAGGCGCAUGCCAAGGACUACUUUAGUUGCAGGCUGAUUAUGGACUGCUCGAGGAUACUCAACAGGAAGAAGGUCAAUGGCACUUGCGAGUUCAUCCAAGAGUUCAUCAAGGAUCACCUGACCUGGAAGGAUCUCUCCUUCUGGGAGGAGCUCUACUGGGAUGAGCUGGUCAUGAAGCACGAGCAGUUUGGCUACACCGACCAUGUCGAUAUAGACUCUGAGUUGGUCAGCACUCUUCUCAUCUCCUUUGGUAUGUACAUCUCCGUUCAUUCAAUCAUUCAUCCAGAGUUCGCUAACAUGCUUCCAGUAUAUAACCUCCAGGGAUGGGGCCUGGGCAAGAGCGAGGUAUGCGAUUUCACUAGGUCAAUGGCAAGGAAGUCGUUCUUGAAGGACGACUUGUUGGAGAAGCUGAUGGAUCAGGUGCGCGCCAUCACCGACCUGACGUACAAGUCGGACGGAUUCAAAGGCUCACACUCAUUUGUGCUCAAGAACUUCAAGAACAUCUCUGAGUGCAACUAUUGCAAUCAGUACAUAUGGGGCGUUCGCGGCGUAGUUGCGCGCGAGGCACUCGAAUGUGUUGGCUGUAAAUAUAAAUCACACAAGAAGUGUCUCAAGAUGGCCUCGGACACUGGCUGCAGCUCGCCCAACGUUGGAGCACCAUUCAAUGUGAAGCACGAGAUACACGUUGGCCUGGCCCUACAAGGUAUACCCGAUCAAUGGAAGACACUACUGGCACAGUCUGGCUUCCAGGAUGGUGAGAUCACUCAACACACCGACGACGUACUAGACGUGUUGGAGUUCCACCAUGUAUAUAGCGAAAGAAACCACUCACUCAGUAGAUCUGCCACCACAUCCAAUCAUGAAUCACUGAGCAACAACAAUAACAACAAUGUGCCGUCCAGACCCAUCUCUCCAACGUUGGGUGAGGACAGCCAACUGCUGGCACUCGAGGAGCCAUCGUUCACUCUUAAGGAUCUGGUCAGCCCAGAGAAUCCACAAGAUAUAUACAAGGACAUUGUAAAGAUUGGAGGAGGCUCCACUGGCAAUGUCUACAGCGCCAUCAAUGUUCACACCAACGAGAAGGUGGCCAUCAAAAAGAUGAAGGUCGACAACAGGAACCUCAAGAACGUCAUCAACGAGAUUUGCACCAUGAAGAACUGUACACACAAGAACCUCAUCAGAUACAUCAACUCUCAUUUAGUCAUGAACCAUCUUUGGCUCAUCAUGGAGUACAUGUCGUUUGGAUCGUUGACCGACAUGAUUGGAACGACCAAGGAGACUGGGUUCAGCGAGCCACACAUCGCAUACAUCUGUCUCCAGGUGUUGUUGGGCAUCGACUACAUUCACAAAGGUCAUCGUAUUCAUCGCGACAUCAAGUCGGACAACGUGCUCAUUGGCAAGGACGGCAGUGUCAAGAUUGCCGACUUUGGAUUCGUGGCCAACCUGACACGAUCUAAGCUGCAGCGCAACAGUGUUGUUGGCACGCCAUAUUGGAUGGCACCAGAGCUGAUUCGAGGCAAUCAGUACAAUCACAAGAUUGACAUUUGGAGCUUGGGCAUCUUGGCCAGAGAGCUCUCUGAGGGUGAGCCACCCUAUGCCAGGUAUCCUCCUGUUAGAGCACUAUUCCUUUUGACAUUGGAGGGAGUACCAGACUUUAGGGAGCCAUCUCGAUGGUCACCAGACUUUAUUGACUUUGUCAGUUUGUGUUUGAACUUGGAUGACAAACGAAGACCAGACGCACACUACCUUCUUCGACAUGUGUUCCUAAAGAAGGCUUGCAGUACAAAGGAGUUUGCAGACAAGUUGGAAGAGAUUUCAUUGAUCAAGCAAAGCAGCUUCUCCGAUAUCAAUAUAUAA